AUGGCGCAAAGGGCCUUCCCGAAUCCUUAUGCCGAUUAUAACAAAUCCCUGGCCGAAGGCUACUUUGAUUCUGCUGGGAGGCUGACUCCCGAGUUCUCACAACGCUUGAACAAUAAGAUUCGAGAGCUUCUUCAGCAGAUGGAGCGAGGCCUGAAGUCAGCAGACCCUCGGGAUAGCACUGUUUACACUGGAUGGGCAGGUAUUGCUGUGCUGUACUUGCAUCUCUACGAUGUGUUCGGGGACCCUGCCUACCUACAGAUGGCACAUGGCUACGUAAAGCAAAGUCUGAACUCUUUGAGCAAGCAUUCCAUAACCUUCCUCUGCGGGGACGGGGGCCCCCUGGCGGCGGCGGCUGUGGUGCAUCACAAGAUGAACAAUGAGAAGCAGGCGGAAGAGUGCAUCACCCGACUGAUUCACUUAAACAAGAUUGAUCCCCAUGCUCCAAGUGAAAUGCUCUAUGGAAGAAUGGGCUACAUCAGUGCUCUUCUGUUUGUGAAUAAGAACUUUGGAGAGGAAAAGAUUCCUCAGAGCCAUAUUCAGCAGAUUUGUGAAACAGUCUUAACUUCUGGAGAAGACCUAGCUAGGAAGAGAAGGUUCACAGGAAAGACUCCACUGAUGUAUGAAUGGUACCAAGAAUAUUAUGUGGGGGCUGCUCAUGGCCUGGCAGGAAUUUAUUACUACCUGAUGCAGCCCAGCCUACAAGUCAGCCAUGCGAAGCUACAUAAUUUGGUCAAGCCCAGUGUAGACUAUGUCUGCCAAUUGAAAUUCCCUUCAGGCAACUACCCUCCUUGUGUGGACGACAGUCGUGAUCUGCUAGUUCACUGGUGCCAUGGUGCUCCCGGAGUAAUCUACAUGCUCAUUCAGGCCUAUAAGGUGUUCAAAGAAGAACGGUAUCUCAACGAUGCCUAUCAGUGUGCCGACGUGAUCUGGCAGUACGGCUUGCUGAAGAAGGGUUAUGGGCUCUGCCACGGCACUGCAGGGAAUGCCUACGCCUUCCUGUCGCUCUACAACCUCACGCAGGACGCGAAGUACCUGUACAGAGCCUGUAAGUUUGCUGAAUGGUGCUUAGAUUAUGGAGAACACGGAUGCCGAACACCAGACACCCCCUUCUCCCUCUUUGAAGGGAUGGCUGGAACAAUAUAUUUCUUGGCUGACCUCCUGGUGCCCACAAAAGCCAGGUUCCCUGCAUUUGAACUGUAA